CUCUCACAAAAAAGCUAUAAAUUAUAACCCUCCCUCUAAUAUUUGAUUCAUCGCUCUAUCAUCGGUUUGCAGUUCCCAAUUCUUGAUCUCGCACAUCUUUGAUAGCUUUUUUGAUCCUCUCAAGAUGCAGAUAUUCGUGAAAACUUUGACCGGCAAAACCAUCACCCUUGAGGUUGAAUCCUCCGACACCAUUGAUAACGUGAAAGCCAAGAUUCAAGACAAGGAGGGUAUCCCACCUGACCAGCAGAGACUUAUCUUUGCGGGUAAGCAACUCGAGGAUGGUCGCACUCUUGCGGAUUACAACAUCCAAAAGGAAUCCACUCUGCACCUCGUGCUUCGCCUCAGAGGUGGCAUGCAAAUCUUUGUCAAGACUUUGAGCAUGCAAAUCUUUGUCAAGACUUUGACUGGGAAGACCAUAACCUUAGAGGUGGAGAGUUCAGAUACCAUUGAUAAUGUGAAAGCCAAGAUUCAGGAUAAGGAGGGUAUCCCCCCAGACCAGCAGAGGCUUAUCUUUGCCGGGAAACAGCUUGAAGAUGGAAGAACCCUUGCGGAUUACAACAUACAGAAAGAAUCUACCCUGCACUUGGUUUUGAGGCUUCGUGGUGGAAUGCAAAUUUUUGUAAAGACGUUGACAGGAAAGACCAUUACUUUGGAAGUUGAAAGCUCUGAUACCAUUGAUAAUGUCAAGGCAAAGAUCCAGGACAAAGAGGGAAUUCCACCAGACCAGCAAAGGCUUAUCUUUGCUGGGAAGCAGCUGGAAGAUGGGCGAACCCUUGCUGAUUAUAACAUCCAGAAGGAAUCUACUCUGCACUUGGUGUUGAGGCUUCGUGGUGGAAUGCAGAUAUUUGUGAAGACUCUGACAGGGAAGACCAUUACCUUGGAGGUAGAGAGCUCUGAUACAAUUGAUAAUGUGAAAGCAAAAAUUCAAGACAAGGAGGGCAUUCCACCAGAUCAGCAGAGGCUUAUUUUUGCUGGGAAACAAUUGGAAGAUGGUCGCACCUUGGCAGACUACAACAUUCAGAAGGAGUCCACCCUCCACCUUGUCCUUCGCCUUCGCGGUGGCUUCUAAGUUUUUCACUUCUCACCAACUGUUGUUUCGUUGUACUUUUGAUCAGUAGAUCGUGUGUGUACUGCUGUUAUGUUUUUAAACUGAUCCCCUGAACUCGUGUGUUCUUCAAAUCAAAUAAAAAAUAUCUUUCUCGUAUCA